GCUCACCGCCCACCUCUGGUUUCCGAUUUUAGGCCGGAACCGGAAGUUUGGUGGGCGGGGCCCGGCGGAGGAAAACGCAGAGGAGCCGGAGCCGGGACUCGGCUGUGGCCGCAGCCCCUGUCCCCGCCACGGACCGCCGUGGCUCCAGGUUGAAGGUCGGUCCGGAGGCGGGUGGGCGCGGGUCUCCCCCGGACUGUCCGGGCCGCAACCUUCCCUGGCCCCCCGGGUUCCGCAAGGGAUCAUGUCUACAGCCUCCGCCGCUUCUUCGUCCUCCUCGUCUUCCGCCGGUGAGAUGAUCGAAGCCCCCUCCCAAGUCCUCAACUUUGAAGAGAUCGACUACAAGGAGAUCGAGGUGGAAGAGGUCGUUGGAAGAGGAGCUUUUGGAGUAGUAUGCAAAGCUAAGUGGAGAGCAAAAGAUGUUGCUAUUAAACAAAUAGAAAGUGAAUCUGAGAGGAAAGCUUUUAUUGUAGAGCUUCGGCAGUUAUCCCGUGUGAACCAUCCUAACAUUGUAAAGCUAUAUGGAGCCUGCUUGAAUCCAGUGUGUCUUGUGAUGGAAUAUGCUGAAGGGGGCUCCUUGUAUAAUGUGCUGCAUGGUGCUGAACCAUUGCCAUAUUACACUGCUGCCCACGCAAUGAGUUGGUGUUUACAGUGUUCCCAAGGAGUGGCUUAUCUUCAUAGCAUGCAACCCAAAGCUCUAAUUCACAGGGACCUGAAACCACCAAACUUGCUGCUGGUUGCAGGGGGGACAGUUUUAAAAAUCUGUGAUUUUGGUACAGCCUGUGACAUUCAGACACACAUGACCAAUAAUAAGGGGAGUGCUGCUUGGAUGGCACCUGAAGUUUUUGAAGGUAGCAAUUACAGUGAAAAAUGUGACGUUUUCAGCUGGGGUAUUAUCCUCUGGGAAGUGAUAACACGUCGGAAACCCUUUGAUGAAAUUGGUGGCCCAGCUUUCCGUAUCAUGUGGGCUGUUCAUAAUGGUACUCGACCACCGCUGAUCAAAAAUUUACCUAAGCCCAUUGAGAGCCUGAUGACUCGUUGUUGGUCUAAAGAUCCUUCUCAGCGCCCUUCAAUGGAGGAAAUUGUGAAAAUAAUGACUCACUUGAUGCGGUACUUUCCAGGAGCAGAUGAGCCGUUACAAUACCCGUGUCAGUAUUCAGAUGAAGGACAGAGCAACUCUGCCACCAGUACAGGCUCAUUCAUGGACAUCGCUUCUACAAAUACCAGUAAUAAAAGCGACACUAAUAUGGAGCAAGUUCCUGCCACAAAUGAUACUAUUAAACGCUUAGAAUCAAAAUUGUUGAAAAACCAGGCAAAACAACAGAGCGAAUCUGGACGUUUGAGCUUGGGAGCUUCUCGUGGGAGCAGUGUGGAGAGCUUGCCCCCAGCCUCUGAGGGCAAGAGGAUGAGUGCUGACAUGUCUGAAAUAGAAGCCAGAAUUGCUGCAACCACAGCCUUUUCCAAGCCUAAACGGGGCCACCGUAAAACUGCUUCAUUUGGCAACAUUCUGGAUGACCCUGAGAUCGUCAUAUCAGGCAACGGGCAGCCAAGACGUAGAUCCAUCCAAGACUUGACUGUUACUGGAACAGAACCUGGUCAGGUGAGCAGUAGGUCAUCCAGUCCUAGCGUCAGAAUGAUCACUACCUCAGGACCAACCUCAGAAAAGCCAGCUCGCAGUCAUCCAUGGACCCCUGAUGAUUCCACAGAUACCAAUGGAUCAGAUAAUUCCAUCCCAAUGGCUUAUCUUACACUGGAUCACCAACUACAGCCUCUAGCACCAUGCCCAAACUCCAAAGAAUCUAUGGCAGUGUUUGAACAGCAUUGUAAAAUGGCACAAGAAUAUAUGAAAGUCCAAACAGAAAUUGCAUUGUUAUUACAGAGAAAGCAAGAACUAGUUGCAGAACUGGACCAGGAUGAAAAGGACCAGCAAAAUACAUCUCGUCUGGUACAGGAACAUAAAAAGCUUUUAGAUGAAAACAAAAGCCUUUCUACUUACUAUCAGCAGUGCAAAAAACAACUAGAGGUCAUCAGGAGUCAGCAGCAAAAACGACAAGGCACUUCAUGAUUCUCUGGGACCGUUAAAUUUUAAAAUAUGCAAAGAAAGACUUUUUUUUUAAAGGAAAGAAAAACCCGUAUAAUGACAAUUCAUGAGUGUUAGCUUUUUGGCGUGUUCUGAAUGCCAGCUGCCUAUAUUUGCUGCAUUUGUUUCAUCGUUUAUUUUCCUUUUCUCAUGGUGGACAUGCAAUUCAACUGUCUCCUUAUAUAACAUGGGGGCAUCUGUACUUGAAUAAGCAGCAGUUCUCAACUUCAAAACAGAUGCAGUAAACCGUGGCUGUAUAUGCAUGCUCGUUGUGUGAAGGCUAGCCUAACAAAAGGGGUAUCAAAAACUAGCUGCUAUGAGCAAUCAUCGUCUUUUUUUCGAGGUGGAACCUCAAGAAUGAUUUUGUUCUUGUAUCUCAUCUCAAAAAAACCAAUAAUUUUUUUUUUCCAAAAGAUGGUAUAUACCAAGAUAAAGACAGGGUAUUAUAAAUCUAGAAUAAUUGGUGGUACAUUAUAGAAAUACAGAACCUUUAGGGAUAGUUGUGAGUGAGGGCUUUGAUGCCAGCAUCCUUGGAUCAGUACUGAACUUUAUCCAUGAAAUAUUUAAAGGUAAGUGGCGGCUGCUGUAUUUAAUAAAAGCAUAUUUCAUUAGACUAAA